UUAGCCUCAUUAUUUUAUUGUAUUUGGCAUUUCUUUUUAUUAUUAGUGAUGUUUAACAUUUUCCCAUGCUUUUAUUAUCUUUUGUGAAAAUACUUUAUUCACUUAGAUUCUUGGCAUUAUUAUAUAUGUGUUACUCCUUUUUAAAACAACGUAUUGAAGUGAAAUUUACCUAAUGUAAAUUAACCGUUUAAAAAUGAUCAAUUCAUUAAGUACAUUCACAGUGUUGUGGAACCAGCCCCUACGUUUAGUUUCAGGACAUUUUCACCACUCCUGCAAGGUACCCAGUAAGCAGUUUCUAUUUGCCCCUCUCCUUGUCACCAGGCAACCGUUAAUCUACUUUCUGUUUUUAUCGAUUCGUGAACUAGAUAUUUCAUAUAUUGGAAUCAUAUAACAUGUGACCUUUUGUGCCUGGCUUCUUUCACUUAGCAUAAUGUUUUGGAGGUUCAUCCACGUUAUAGCAUGUAUAAGUACUUCGUUGCUUUUUACGGCUAAUAUUCCAUUUCCUGUAUAUACCACAAUUUUUUAUGCGUUCACCUGUUGAUGGGAAUUUGGGCUGUUUCCACCUUUUGGCUGUUAUGAAUAAUGCAGCUGUGAUCAUGCACACACAUGUACUUAUUCAAGUACCUAUUUUAACUUCCUUUAGAAGUAGACCUAGGAGUGGUAUUGUGAGAUCAUAUGGUAAUUCCAUUUUAACUUUUUGAGGAAUUGCAAAACCAUUUUCUACAGAGGCUGCACCAUUUUACGUUCCCACCCACAAUGUACAGAGUUCCCAUUUCUCCACAUCCUUGUCAACACUUGUGUCUUAUGUAUAUGUUUUUUUUAAUGAUAGCCAUGAUAGUGGGUGUGAACUGGUACUUGACUGUGGUUUGAUUUGUAUUUCCAUAAUAACUAAUGAUGAUGAGUACUGUUAAUAUUUGUAAGUGAGAAAAUGAAGGAAAAAGAAAGCCGUACUCUUGAAGUUAUUUUCAAAUUAGUUAAGUAUCCUUUGAAGAAAGGAAAUGUUUACAUAAAAUUAAGUGAAGUGUCCUAUUCCAAAUUUGAGUACUGUUAAGCUAUUAAUUCUGUUUAAAUAUUUCAUCGUUUUCGUAACAGAGGUACUUCUAAAAUACAGCCUUUUGCCUCCAGGUUUGUUUUUAGCUUGUUUUCCAUUUUUCCAUCACCUGGCUGGAUAAGGGAUUCAACCUAAUUUAUGCCUUUUAAACAAUAGCAGUCAAAGUGAACUUCUGGUCCCUGAAGUUUACUGAUGAGUAUUGCCUCAGAACUUAGAGAUGUAAAUCCUCAGGUCCUUCCCAUAUCUACUGAGUCAGAAACUUUGAGGGUGACCCCAGCAGUCUGUGUUUUUACAAGCCUUUCAGUUGAGUCAGAUUGGAGGCACAUGUAGUUGUCAGAACUGCUACUGUAAACCAAGAUUCUUAGGUUGAUUCUAUGAUAAACAAACAGCCCUUGUGGGAGUUGUAAUCCACAAUGUUGGUCUCAUUAGCACCACAUUUUUUUAGCUUAAGUAGUCAGACAAUAUGAACAAUUAAGUUGAAAUCAUGUUAAAACCUCCUAUUUAAGAAAGCAUAAAUCAUAUAGUUUUACCUAGAAACUGCUAUUCAGUUUAAAAAUUAUGUUAAAAAGAGGAAAGUAUUUUUCAAAAGCUGCUUUUGAUCUUUGGCCAAAUACUGAAGUAAUUUAAGAGGCCCAUACCCAUGAUGUAUAUUUUUCCUUUUAUUUGUACUUUUUCAGUUUUUUUGGCCUUGCUUUUCAUGAGCUAUGUUUCCUUUUAUUUGUGUCUAGACUUUAUUUUUUACUGCUUCAGAGCCAACAUUAUGAAGCUUUUUAUUGUGAAGGCCAAUACGGCAGAGAUGUUGACUGGAGAGAGAAGUGUGCGUGACCCAAACACGGGCUUAUUUGAAGAGGAGUGUUUUUUUUUUUUUCUGCGCAGGCUAUUCAAAAGGAAGAAGUAUAUCUACUUUGCAGAGUUUUAUGAGGAUUUAACUCACACAUUUAUGUAUAUUAUAACGUGUGGUACAUGAUAAGCAUUCAGUUAACGAAGCCUUUGUCAUUUGCUGAUUGUGUUGGGGAUGAGCUGCCGUGGGGAUGGGAAGCAGGGUUUGACCCUCAGAUUGGUGUCUACUACAUCGAUCACAUCAACAAAACCACACAGAUAGAAGAUCCAAGGAAACAAUGGAGGGGGGAACAGGAGAAGAUGCUGAAGGACUACCUCUCCGUGGCGCAGGAUGCCCUCCGGACCCAGAAGGAGCUGUACCAUGUGAAGGAGCAGAGGCUGGCUCUGGCCCUGGAUGAAUAUGUGCGAUUAAAUGAUGCCUAUAAGGAAAAGUCAAGUUCUCGCACAAGCUUAUUCUCAGGAUCUUCAUCCAGUACUAAAUAUGAUCCCGAUAUUUUAAAAGCUGAGAUCUCCACUACAAGAUUAAGGGUUAAAAAGCUGAAGAGAGAACUCUCACAGAUGAAGCAAGAACUGCUCUAUAAAGAACAAGGCUUUGAAACAUUGCAGCAAAUCGAUAAAAAAAUGUCUGGAGGCCAGAGCGGGUAUGAACUCAGUGAAGCCAAAGCCAUUCUAACAGAACUAAAAUCUAUCAGAAAGGCCAUUAGCUCAGGAGAAAAAGAAAAACAAGAUCUGAUGCAGAGUCUUGCUAAGCUGCAGGAGCGGUUUCAUUUGGAUCAGAACAUUGGCAGAUCUGAGCCAGAUUUGAGAUCUAGUCCUGUGAACUCUCAUUUAUCCCUCUCCAGACAGACCCUUGAUGCUGGGUCACAAACAAGCAUUUCCGGAGAUAUUGGAGUGAGAAGUAGAUCAAAUUUAGCUGAAAAGGUCAGGCUAAGCCUACAGUAUGAAGAAGCCAAAAGAAGUAUGGCCAACUUAAAAAUUGAACUGUCAAAAUUAGACAGUGAAGCCUGGCCCGGGGCACUGGAUAUUGAGAAGGAGAAACUGAUGCUGAUUAAUGAAAAAGAAGAACUUUUAAAAGAGCUUCAGUUCGUCACCCCACAGAAACGUACCCAAGAUGAAUUGGAACGCCUAGAAGCCAAGAGGCAGCGGCUGGAGGAAGAGUUGCUGUCGGUGAGGGGAGCACCAAGCAGAGCUCUGGCUGAGAGAUUGAGAUUGGAAGAGAGAAGAAAAGAGCUGCUACAGAAACUUGAAGAAACUACUAAAUUAACUACUUAUUUGCAUUCACAACUUAAAAGCCUCUCCGCCAGCACCCUGUCCAUGUCAUCUGGGAGCAGCCUGGGUUCCCUGGCAUCAAGUCGGGGCUCUCUGAACACCUCCAGCAGAGGGUCACUCAACUCCCUGAGUUCCACUGAGCUUUAUUACAGCAGUCCAAGUGAUCAGAUAGAUGUGGAUUAUCAGUAUAAGCUGGACUUCCUUCUGCAAGAGAAAAGCGGUUACAUUCCUUCCGGACCCAUCACCACCAUCCAUGAAAAUGAGGUGGUCAAGUCCCCCAGCCAGCCUGGCCAGAGUGGGCUCUGUGGGGUGGCAGCUGCAGCAACAGGCCACACUCCUCCACUGGCUGAGGCCCCCAAGUCUGUGACCUCCCUGUCCUCGAGGUCCUCCCUUUCCUCCUUGUCUCCUCCGGGCUCUCCCUUGGUUUUGGAAGGCACGUUUCCCAUGUCUUCUCACGAUGCCUCUCUCCAUCAGUUCACUGCUGACUUUGAAGACUGUGAAUUGAGUAGCCAUUUUGCAGAUUUCAGUCUCGUCGAAAGUCAGAUCUUGCUGGAUUCUGAUUCAGGAGGAGCCUCCCAGUCUCUUUCAGAGGAUAAAGACCUUAGUGACUGUGCUAGGGAGCCAUUGUAUGAAGGAACUGCAGAUGUGGAAAAACCAUUACCAAAAAGAAGAGUGAUCCAUCUGCUUGGGGAGAAAACCACUUGUGUGUCGGCCGCUGUAUCUGAUGAGUCUGUGGCUGGAGACAGUGGGGUCUAUGAAGCUUUCAUGAAACAACCUAGUGAAAUUGAAGAUGUCAUAUACAGUGAAGAGGACGUUGCCAUUGUAGAAACUGCCCAGGUUCAGAUAGGACUCAGAUAUAAUGCAAAAAGUUCAAGUUUCAUGGUGAUUAUAGCACAACUCCGAAACCUUCAUGCCUUCUUGAUACCUCAUACUUCGAAAGUAUAUUUUCGGGUUGCCGUUCUUCCCUCCUCAACUGAUGUCAGCAGUCUGUUUCGCACAAAAGUUCAUCCGCCCACAGAAUCCAUUUUGUUCAAUGAUGUGUUCAGAGUCGCCAUUUCCCAAACAGCCUUACAACAGAAGACACUGAGAGUAGACCUUUGCUCCGUCAGUAAACACCGAAGGGAAGAAUGCCUGGCUGGAACUCAUAUCAGCCUGGCAGAUUUACCAUUUUCCAAUGAGGUUUUCACUCUAUGGUAUAACUUGCUUCCUUCCAAGCAAAUGCCUUGCAAAGAGAAUGAAGAAAAUGAGGACUCUGUAUUUCAACCAAACCAGCCAUUAGUAGAUUCCAUAGACUUGGAUGCAGUGUCAGCCUUACUUGCAAGAACAUCAGCUGAGUUGUUAGCUGUGGAACAAGAAUUAGCACAAGAAGCAGAAGCAGAAGCAGAAGAAGAAGAAGAAGAAGAGCCAAGACAAGAAGAGCAAAGGGGUCCAGAAGGAGACUGGUUAACAAUGCUAAGAGAGGCCUCUGAUGAAAUUGUGGCUGAAAAAGAGGCUGAAGUUAAAUUGCCAGAGGACAGUAGCUGUACAGAAGAUUUAAGUUCAUGCACUAGUGUGCCUGAGGUGAACGAAGACAGGAACAGGAAAGAAAACAGCUGUGUCAAAGACCUCAAAAGUCAGCCACCUACUGGAAUACCAACGCUGGUUGAUAAAGAGACAAAUACUGAUGAAGCUGCUACUGACAAUAUGGCAGUUCGCCCCAAAGACCGCAGUAGCCUGAGCUCUAGACAGCGUCCCUAUGUGAGGAGCAGUGUGAUAGUGCGCUCACAAACCUUUUCUCCGGGAGAGCGGAAUCAGUACAUCUGCAGGUUAAAUCGGAGUGACAGUGACAGUUCAACCCUGGCUAAAAAAUCACUGUUCGUGAGAAACUCCACUGAACGGCGCAGUUUGAGGGUCAAAAGGACGGUUUGCCAGUCAGUCCUUAGAAGAACAGCACAAGAGUGCCCAGUGCGGACAUCUCUAGAUUUGGAACUGGACCUUCAGGCAUCUCUGACCCGGCAGAGCCGCCUCAAUGAUGAGCUGCAGGCGCUCAGGGACUUGCGGCAGAAGCUAGAGGAACUGAAAGCUCAGGGAGAGACUGACCUUCCACCUGGCGUGCUGGAGGACGAGAGGUUCCAGAAGCUUUUGAAGCAAGCUGAGAAGCAGGCUGAACAGUCAAAAGAAGAGCAGAAGCAAGGUUUGAAUGCAGAGAAAUUGAUGAGGCAAGUCUCCAAGGAUGUGUGUCGGCUCCGGGAGCAGAGCCAGAAGGUGCCUCGGCAGGUGCAGUCCUUCAGGGAGAAGAUUGCCUACUUCACCAGAGCAAAGAUAAGCAUCCCAUCCCUGCCGGCUGAUGAUGUGUGAUUAUGUGGCUUAAGAAAUUAUUUUUCAUCUGUUCACUUUCUUAGGGAGGGUAAAAGACUGAAGAUCUGUUUGGUUUUUGUUUUGGUGUUUGUUUGUUUUUUGUUUUGUUUUGUUUUUGGUAAUAUGACUGUCAACUCUUGAAGGACUUCUAUUUCACGUUAGAUUUUCAACACAUUAAUUUGUAAAAUACCUUGAGUGUAAUUUUUAUAUGCUUAAAAAAGAAAAAAUUGAUAAGAAAAAUGGGAUAAUCUGAUACACAAAUGUUGCCCAGUAUGUACGUAUUGCCAGUGGGCUUUCUUUCGUAAAAAUGGAAUGUAGGCAGGACCCCACGUGUGUACCGUUGAGCCGACUGGAGAAAGAACUUGUUUUAGCAGGUAGUUUUGCUUCUCCUUUCCAUUGCUGUGAGUAGGCUGUGCCGACGGCAGCAGCGCCACGUGGCAUCUGUGCACCGGCGAGGAGAGGAGCGCUUUCCAUUUGGAGGGCAGCGUGAGCAUGAGCUGGAGUGCAGCGUUCCAAGUCCAUUCAAAAUGGGUGGUGCAUUCAUGGCCAUCACCUGUGCAGGAACACCUGAUUUUCUUAAAACAAUUUCCUUUUUGUCCUUUUGUAUUUUUCUAAAGAAAACUAAAAUAUAAACUACCAAAUGCUCUUAAGAAUAUAAGUGUACAAAGCAGCACUGCUCUUGGCUACACUAAAGAUCUUGGGAUUCAUGACACUGAGGGCAGGGAGAAGAAAGAACACCAGCCAUGCAGAGACACAUGCAAAUAAGCUCAUCAAAUGAGCAGCCGCUUUCUCUCACUCGGCCUGACUUUGCAUAAAUGUUCAAAUGUGAGUUUCUGGCUUGCACCAGUGGUUUGUCCUAAGUCUAAGCACGGUGCCAAAUGGAGGCCCUGUGUUCUGAGGACAGAGGGAGCUGGAGGUGUGGAGGGAAACACAUCAGCACUCAUUUGGUGUAACCAGGAAGAGAGGAAACGAUGUCUUGAUAGAAUCAAAGUUGCCAAAAACAAAAAAGAGUUUAUCAAGCAGAUUUCUAACAUUUAGUAGAAAUUACUUCAUAGCUCUCAUUUUUAGGGGAUUCGAUCUAUAAUUUAUGGUAAAUAGUUGGGAGGCAAAGGGAAGACUGUGCCUGGGGGGAUUAUUAAUCUGAAGAAUAAGCUAAGCUGUUUAUAAAAAAGACGAUUUUGGAUGAACAAGUUUAGAGAUAUAAACUGACUAAUGUGUCUUCCAGUUUAGAAUUUCAGCUUACCCAACCCAGGCACAUCUUAAAAAAACAGAUCCUCAGUGCACCUCUGACAGCAUCAAAGCUUUUAAAAUAAAUAGUAUUUAGGCCAUUUAAACCAUACUUACCACUCAGAAACAAUUUUGGGUUCGCCAUCUAAUACAGCAAAUGAAAUCAAUUUUUUUAAGAAAUGCAAAAUUGUCUUAAAGAUAUGGACCUCUUAAAAAAAAAAUGUGUUCCUAAGUUAGAAUGCUCACUAGCAAGAAUUUUUAUUUUCUCGAAAUCAAUUAUAUAUGUUUUGGAAAGUUCAUGUUAUUGGAAUCGAAGUUCAAAUUAAGCAACUUCUGAGCCUAGAACUUUAUUUUUUCCUGAAUGUCCCACCACUUAAUACAGAUUUCUCUGAAGACAUAACUGGACAUGACAGACACUACUUUCAACAAAAACCAGCCCAGGGAAUUGACUGCACACAGUCCUGUAAGGCUGCUCAGUUCAUUCUAUUAGAUGACUAAGGAAAACUAGAGAAAGAACACAGUUCACCCUGUCAAGGUCAAAUGUGAAAGGCAGAAGUUUAUUUAACAUAGAGGUAAAUGAAGGUGAGCUGUUUCCAGUCUUAGUUUGACCAUGAAAAUGUCUAUAGAAUUAUGUGUAGUUGUUCCAUACAAUUUUAUUUUCUUCAUUUAUUUAUUUACAGUCUUAUUUAUGUUCUGUUUAAUAUAUAGUUUGAUUCUGGCCAUUUUAAAUAUUUGACACAGAAGAGACUAUAUUGGAAUAUUUACAGCUUUAUAAGUCUUUCAUCAGAUUAGCUGUUGACUUUUUGUAAUACAAAAAGUUUCAGACAAGUAUUAAAGAAUAAAAUCUGUCUCAGGCCGGUAGUUAGCAGUUGUGACCAAGAUGCUUUUGGUUGUUGUAUUUUACAAAAUUUCCUCAUUUCUAACAUGAAAGAUGAACUUAUUUUAAUAUAAUCCUUUUUCUACACUUUAAAAGUCAGCAAUAGUGUUAUGUAUUUGUAGGCAGCUUUUAAUAAUCUUGUCAUAUUUGUACUAACCCAAAUGAUCACAGUGACAAAACAUUUUAAUAACUUGAUCACAAAACCAUAUGGACAAAUAUGAAUUUUAAUAUUAUAAAUACUAUUUUUAAAAGGCAGAAUUUAUUCACACAGGGUAAAAAAGAAUGUAAUAUUUAGUUCUCAAGUUUGAAUUAUCAGUAUAUUAUUACAAUUUUGUAUAUCAGAAUCUUAAGUGUUACAGGUACAAAAAGAAUAUUGCUAGCCAAAUGAACAAAGUUUAGCUGAAUCUCUGUAGCAUGCAAAUCAAAUUAAUUAAAUUUUUUUGCUAUUGCUUUAUCUAUAUUGUAUUAACUACCAAAAGCUCAGGACUGAACUAAAUAUUUAAUCAGGUUAAAUUCUGAACAUGUUUCUGUCUUAAUUUGUCUUGUUUGUAAACGUAUGCAAAUACAUCACAUAGAUUAA